AUGGAUCAAAGAGGCAGAAAUGAAUCGGCAUUCUUCUCAUUUAUUGAGCGAAAUACGACUUAUGCAACUCCGGGAUUGUACGAUCUCAAUUUGGAGGAUGCGACAUGGGUCCUUACGUCAUCUUUCAUCAUCUUCACGAUGCAAACGGGUUUCGGGAUGCUCGAAUCUGGAUGUGUUUCAGUGAAAAAUACCGUCAACAUUAUGAUGAAAAAUAUCAUCGAUGUCGUUCUCGGCGGAUUCACAUAUUGGCUUUUCGGAUAUGGCUUGUCGUUCGGAAGAAGCAGUUACACGAAUCCAUUUAUAGCUUUUGGGGACUUUUUGAUGGAUCCAGCGCCGGGAGAUCCUUUGAUGGGACAAAUGUUUGCGGCGUUUCUCUUUCAAUUGUCCUUUUCGACGACAGCAACGACGAUUGUGAGUGGCGCGAUGGCUGAAAGAUGCAAUUUUAAGGCUUAUUGUAUCUUUUCGUUCUUCAAUACGAUCGUUUAUUGUUUGCCUGCGGGAUGGGUUUGGGGCGAACAUGGAUUUUUACGGAAAAUGGGAAGUGUUGAUAUCGCAGGAAGCGGACCUGUGCAUCUCGUUGGAGGAGCUUCAGCAUUUGCCUCGGCUGUUAUGUUAGGUCCUCGUCUCGGGAGAUAUCAAAAUGGAUCAGAUCCGUUGCCUUUGGGAAAUCCUGUGAAUGCAUGUAUGGGACUUUUUGUACUUUGGUGGGGUUGGUUAGCGUUCAAUUCAGGGUCAACGUAUGGCGUAUCUGGAAAGAAAUGGGGAUAUGCAGCAAGAGGAGCAGUCAUGACUAUGAUGGGAAGCUUUGGAGGAGGCAUGUUUAGUGUUUGUUACUCAUUUCUCCGCAACGACGGCAAACUCGACAUCUUAGAUCUCAUAAACGGCGUUCUCGGAUCUUUAGUUUCCGUUACAGCUGGAUGUUAUUUGUACAGCGGAUGGGAUGCUAUUGCCGUCGGAUUCAUCGGAUCAAUUCUCGCUUGUUUUACGAUGCCUCUUUUCGACAGAAUGCGCGUUGAUGAUCCCGUUGGCGCAAGUUCCGUGCAUGGCGUUUGUGGUUUAUGGGGCGUUCUUGCAGUCGGAAUUUUCGCAAAUUGUCCCGUUGGACUUGAAACCACGAACGGGCGAAAAGGUUUGAUCAAAGGCGGAGGCUCGUAUUUACUUGGAAUACAGGCGUUAACAGCAAUUUGUCUCAUGGGAUGGAGUUUACUGACAACAUUCUCCUUACUCUUUAUAAUUAAUAAAUUUGUACCGAUUCGCAUGUCAGCGAACGAAGAAUUGUUGGGAGCUGAUCUCGUCGAACACAAAAUCCGUCAUUCGUCGAUUGGAAUAAGUCGAGCGUUGUCAGCUUUAGUGCCGGGCAAUGAAGAAUUGGAAGAAUUUACGGGUGUUCCUCAAGUUGGACAGAAUCCGGGACAUCUUGGAAUUAUAAAUGACAUGAGAAUCGCAACGAAAAAAAUCCACGAAUGGAAAAAUUUCAUGGAUACUCGAAGCACUUCGGUUCGUAGAUCCAUCGAAAAGAGAAAUAGUUUAUACAGCGGGACAAUUCGUGAAGCUAUACGGAAGCAAAGUGCUCGAAUAGGCGAUAGUUCAAGUGCAGGCAUCAAAACAGAAAAUGAGAUACAUACCAUAUCCGAUGGAAAACUCAAGCCUGGAACGGAAAAUUUCGCAUGGAUUGAUUAA